UUUUUCGAAUAUCCACAAAUAAUGGAUUUAAGUACAGAACAUCUAGUUAUAGAUGAUGAAUGUUCUGUAUUUUCUGUUGAUUCGAAAGCGCCAUUGUUGAUAGAUGAUGAAUACUUUGGCAAUACUUUAUCACAGGAAGAGCUUAUUAAUAAUAGGUCUCGUAUUCAUGAUGGAAGACAAGGCAUUUCAGGUUCUAGUUGGGCAGCUUGUUUGAUUGCAGGAACUGGAAUUUUUGGAAUGCCAUAUUCCAUUAAUCAAGGAAGUUGGGUUGCAAUUGCAUUAGUAGCAAUGCUCAUGCUAAUCACCCAAUAUACGAGCAUAAUUUUAAUCAAAUGUCUAUACUAUGAUGGCAAAAAUCGCUUAAGCACUUAUGCAGAUAUCGGUUAUCAUGCGUAUGGAAAUGUUGGAAAAUAUAUUUUGAUUGGAUUAAAUAACAUUAUUUUGCUAGGAAUUCCGAUUUUCUUCUUACUUAUUGCAGGAAAGAAUCUUGAUAAUUUAGUAACUGUACAUUUCGAAAUACACGUAGAAACACGAAUAUGGAUAUGUAUAGCUGCAGCAUUAAUUACCAUACCAUUUAUAUUAAUGAAAUCAUUAAAAGAUGUGUUUUUUUUAAGUAUUUUUGGCGCGCUUUCGACUUUAGUUUCUGUAAUUGCUGUCGCCGCAUUGUCGUGUAGAGAUUUUACUGAUGUCAUGACUUAUGAUGAUCCUUGCUCGCACAAUUUAUACAAAUUUCCUAUAUCAUUUGCGGCAAUAUCACUCACGUAUGGAGGAAAUAGUCUAUUUCCAUCCAUUGAAAGAAAUAUGCGGAAACGUAGAGAUUGGAAUAAAGUGGUAACUGCCGCUUUAUUAACUUGUACAAUUAUGUAUUUGAUUGUUGCAUUUUCUGGAUAUUAUGUGUUUGGUGACUGCAAGAUUGUCCGUACAAAUGAUCAUGAAGCAACCGUAUUUAUUACUAUUGACGUACUCCUUACGGCACCAAUACUUUUAACAUCAUUCGCGUCUGAAACAGAAGAAUUUUUAAAGAUUACACACGAACAUCAUUCAUUAAUUUCCGAAUUUUUAUUAAGAGUUUUAUUUCGUUUAUGUAUUGUCGUUGGAUGUGUGAUUAUCGCCAUUUUUGUGCCAUUUUUUGGUGAUUUCGUGGCAUUAUUUGGAUCAUUAGCGAUGUAUUGCCUUGUAUUUAUUUUUCCCGUGAUUUUUUAUAUGAAAUUAUUUGGAUGGAAUGCUAUAAGCUCAUUGAUAGAUGAUUUACAGAGUAGCUGCUUACAUGUUCCAGAUUGA